AUGCUAGGUGUUUCCGUGCCUACUCACACAGCUCCAUCAAAAAGCGGGUGGGCGCAUUCAUCUUCGCCACUGCAUUUGGAAACCGCAACAACCCCAGGCGGUGCGUCCAUUCGCUCCACAAGACCUUCCAUAUCAGAAAGGAUUGUGGCCGGUGUUGCCGCCUCUAGAUGCGAACUCGUUUCCAAUUCGCAGAAAGGACAUUCCACUUUUGGUCUAAUAAAAACAAAUUCUAACCUUGUGAAGCCAUCUUUGAAGGGUCUCGACUCGAGGGAUUCAGAAGGGUUUGCUGCACAAAAUGUGCAGCUGUCAGAUAAAUUUGAUGGUGACUUGUCCAGCACCCUAAAUGUACCCCAAGUGUCGCACGAGGAUAUUCAAGGUCAAGAGUCUCAAUCCGUUGCGGCUGAGGACCUUGUGCACGAUAUACUAGCAAUAAACACACUGGCUAUGCACCAAGGUAAAACUGGUAUGCUAGAGGAAGCAAUGGAAUUGCUGAACGGAGCCUACAGUAAGCUCAAUAUCAACGAACACCUGCUGACGGAUGCUCGGUUGCUGGACCAGCUUCGCGCGAUGACGCUAAACAAUAUGGGAGUCACGGAAUGUCAUCGAAGCCAGCCACGCCACGCCCUUAGUCAUUUCGAAGCGGCAAGACAACUCGAAGAAAAUCAUGACAUAGCGUCGCCAUCUGUCGCGCUCAAUUCAUGUGCUGCCUAUAAUGCUCUUGGUAGCUACGAGAAGUCGACUGCGGCGGCGCUAGAGGCUAUCGAUAUGCUACGCACGUUGGAGGUACAGCGUCAACAGGCUAGAAAAAUUGCUCGCAAGAAGGAACGUCAGCUCCAGAUCUCUCAGCAGGAGGGUAAGAACAUACUGAUAGGUGCUUCAAACUCUGGCACCAACAUUCCUGACCCUAAUCUUGCGAAGAAAUCCCACAAGGGUGAGAAAGAAGAUAAGGACGAGACGUUGUUGAAUGAUGUCGGGCAGCUUACCAUUGCCGAAUCCGAUAAUAAAACGUUGUGGGGCGCUGCGUGGCAUAAUCUUGCUGUUGCGCAGUUAAAUACUGCACGCUAUGCCAUACGAAAACAAGACGCCCAAAGUGAACGUUCCAAUACCUUAGUGAUCUUUCGAAACGCCAUGAAGGCGACACAGGACUUUCUGGGGAUUAAUCAUCCCAUGACGAAGGCCGUAGUGGAAACGUACCGUGCGGUGCGUGCCUCACUUCGCAAGAGUGGUGUGUUUAAGCAGCAUCGCACGCUGCUAACAGCACCACCACAGCCUUUAGAUCCUCGUGAACAAGAGUUAGAGGAGCUGUUGGUGGAGCCGAAGCCUGGACACACACGUCACGGUACAAUGGAGCUGAAUAAAAAGGAGUUAACCAUCACCUUUCGUGGCGACACCACCAGCUGGACAAAGCUUGUAGAGCGGCUGGACCCAACACCCUACCCUGGCGCGAAGGAAGAGGUUUACCAGUCCAACAAGCAUAAUCGUUCACUGCAGCGAUCCCGCACGGGAGCUAACGGUAUGAUCAACAGUAAUGCGCUCGGUAACAUCCCCCUUAGCGCGACGCUCAUAAAGGCUAGCCAAGUGUAUGGGAAUCCGCAUCCACUUCUCUACACACCUUCAACCGCUCUUGCUGCCUUGGAUGCGACUCGCAGCACAGGGGAUGGCAGAAAUCAAGACAAUCAGGACGCAUGGUCGGAGCACAAGAUCAGCAAAGGAAGAUCAAUCGCUAUGCGACAACCUCGCCCACCGAGGUGGGGACGUGACGUCAGUGAUAUGGCCAUGUUGCCCCAGUCAGAUUGCCAGCGCGAUGCAGAUUACGAAUGUUUAUUACCCUUGGGUAAUGCGUGUUCGAAAAAGGUGUCAAGUGCGGCGACUGUUCCGAGUCGAAAGGCUGCCUUGGGUCGCAACCUUGAGUUGCCCCCAAAAGGGCUGACAGUAUCUCCACAAGUAGCGGCGAGCCGAUCGUCUUUCAAACAUCAAUCACAGCAUUUUGCGAAGUCCGCAUUUCCGGCAGUUAUGAAUCAAUCCAAGUGCAUUAUGAUGGCGCUACCGGCUAUCUCCAAUGCCAACGCCGAAUCCGAGACAAUUACUAAGACCACAUACUACGCCAUGCCCACUGAACUUCCGGGAACUAAAGGUAGACCAACAGCUGGUACGUCAAAAGAGGGUGAAGUGAUCUUUCCCACAACCCAGCGAAUACAUACUAUGGGACACAACCAACAUCAGACAGAUCAUGAAGAAAAGGUUAAGUCGGUGGACCACAAGGGAGUGUCUAAAAUGUCGCCGUCACAUAAAAAUGUUUCAACCACAGGCGAUGCUGAUCUCAACCCGCGUGACACUUCGCUUUCAGCAGGGCUGCAUCCAACUCAACCUGUUACGAGUUCCACAUUGCCAUUGUUUUCCGGAUCGGAGCCUGCACGUGACGAAAACGUAGCAGGUGAAUUGUUUGAUACCAUGUGGGUAGCUGCCUCCCCGGCGCCCGUCGAUGCUGCCGCAGGGGUAACUGGAAGGCUUCAAUUGUGCAUUGGCGGCAUCGAUGCGCUUUGGUUCGACUCAAAUGGCUUGACACACGGCAAUCGCACUUUUUCACGUCCGGAAUACUUCCUUCCCGACUCGAGCAAGGAGAGGCAAACUCAGCAAAGUGAAUCAAGGGUAUUCUCAAAGGACGGUCAGGAUUGUGGUUCCGUUCAUGAUAGACACGCAGUUCACACCACAGAGAAGAACAUUAGGGAGGAAAAGCCGGACCAUGGCGACGGCAUGUUACCCAUGGCUCUCAAGACAGACAGUAGUAGCACUACACAGGAUGCCAGGCCAUCGAAAUCAAAUGGAAGCGAAGAUUGGCCAGCUAACUUCGGCUCUAAUGCGAAUUAA